AUGGCGGGAAGCGUCGACCCGCCAACGGACGUCUCACUCGAUGGCACGUCCUUGGCCUCUGACGCCAGUCAGUGGAAGCUGGUGGCGCCAGGAGUGUGGGACCUGACUAGGAGUCUCGACUGGACGACCACUGCUCUAGGGAGCGCCUUGACUGGUGUCAGGGCCGAAGUGUCGCACGCGGAUGUGAACGGCAACGCGGUGACCGCGUCGGGAUCGCUGGCUAAGAUCGGUGCUCUUGAUACUGCCCUCGCAGUGCUGCCAUCCAUGGCAGGCGGUCGAUUCCAAGCCAUGUUCUCCGGCGCCGUGGUAGGGGGAGCCAAGAUCCGCAUCGCCACCAGCACCUACACCAAGGUCGGCCUGGAGGUGCACCUGGCCUUCAUAAGAGGCGCGACACUCAACACAGCUUGUGCUCUUCCCCUCACCUGCUUUACCUCUUGUGUCCUCUGCUGUCCCCCCUCUGCUGCCCCUCCUCUCUGCAACCACUCUCUGCCCCCCCUCUCUGCCCCCCCUCUCUGCCCCUCCUCUCUGCCCCGCUUCCCUUCACCCUCUCUCUGCCCCUUCUCUCUGCCCUCCGUCAUGCAGCGACACCAAGCUGACAAGUCGGCCCCUCUCGCCCUCGCAUGCCCCUUCGCCUCGAACAUCAAGGGCGUGUUCACUUGCUCCAAGACCGUCGACGUGAAAAUCCCCGCGGGAAGUGCUACCACACCUGGUGUCCUGGGACUGCAGAAAUUUAUGGCUGCGCUGGUGGGAGCUACUAUGUCGGGUGACAAUCUGGCUGCAACCUUCACCCUCACAGUCGGCGGACAGGAGGAGAACCUCUAUUAUGCUCUAUAG